AUGGCUUUCGGCAAGCUCUACGGUCUUCCUGACAACCCUCGCACCAUCUCCAUCCUGGUCGCUGCCAAGCACAACGACCUGGACCUGGAACUGGUCAAGAUCGAUGCCAACUCCAACGCCGAGUUCAACUCUGGCGCUGAGUACCGCAAGAUUCACCCCCUCGGCAAGGUCCCCGCUUUCGAGGGUGCCAAUGGCUUCACCCUGUCCGAGGCAAUGGCCAUCGCCAUCUACGUGACCUCCCAGAACGAGAAGACCACCCUUCUUGGCAAGACCAAGCAGGACUAUGCUUCCAUCGUCCGCUGGAUGUCCUUCGCCAACGGCGAGCUCCUGCCCCGCUUCGGCGGCUGGUACCGCCCCCUUCUCGGUCUCGAGCCCUACAACAAGAAGACCACCGACGAGGUCGCCAAGGUCGCACUGAAGACCAUUGGUGCUCUUGAGGCUCACCUCACCACCAACACCUACCUGGUUGGCGAGCGCAUCACCCUGGCUGAUAUCUUCACUGCCGCUCUCCUGACCCGCGCCUUCGCUACCGUUCUGGACAAGGCCUGGCGCAGCGCCAACCCCGCCGUUACCCGGUGGUACAACACUAUCAUUAACCAGGAUGCCUUCAAGGCCGUUGUUGCGAACCCCGUCUUCGCUGAGGAGAUCAUCAAGUACACUGCCCCCAAGAAGGAGGAGAAGCCCAAGCCUGCCCCCGCCCCUGCUGCCGAGAAGCCCGCCGAGGAGAAGCCCAAGCCCAAGCACCCCCUUGAGGCUCUCGGCAAGCCCGGCCUUCCCAUUGACGAGGUCAAGCGUCAGUACUCUAACGAGGACACCCGCACUGUCUUCCGUGAGUGGUUCUGGAAGAACUACAACCCCGAGGAGUACUCUCUCUGGAAGGUCGACUACAAGUACGACAACGAGCUCACCCUCACCUUCAUGGCCAACAACCUGAUUGGUGGCUUCCACGCCCGUCUUGAAGCUUCUCGCAAGUACCUCUUCGGUUGCCAGGGUGUCUUCGGCGCCAACAGCGCUUGUGUCAUCCGCGGUGUCUUCCUUGUUCGCGGCCAGGAGGCCAUGCCCGCUUUCGAUGUCGCCCCUGACUGGGAGUCCUACAACUUCGAGAAGCUUGACCCCUCCAAGGAGGAGGACCGCAAGUACGUCGAGGACAUCUGGGCCUGGGACACUCCCGUCACCGUCGACGGCAAGCAGCUCGAGUCCGUUGAUGGCCACGUCUUCAAAUAA